GCGGCGGGCCGGGUUACCAUGGAGCGGGACUCCUGGCUCCACGCCCCCCGCACCGGGAAGGAACCGCGGAAGAAGCGUCGCGCAUCCCCUCUGCCGGGGGCUGCCGCUCUCCCGGGCAGCCGGGCCGGUGUCUCUCAGGUGUGCCGGCGGCGCCUGUUCGGGGGCGCGGGGCCACGCGGGCCCGAGCCUGCCUGUAAGCGCCUCUCCCGGCCGGCGGCGGAGCUUGAGGUGCAGGAGGCUGAGCCGGUACCGGCAGGAAAGGGUGGCGGAAAGAGGACCCGCAGUGCUUUGUCCGGCAGGAAUAAAAAGUUCCAUGGGAAAAACCUACCAAAGAUUAAAGAAAAUGUUGAAUAUACUGAAGAGAGCUCCUUAUACAACCAAAGUAAUCAAGCAACUGUCAGAGAAACAACAGACUUCAAGAGAAAAGAAGAGGAGCCAGAGGAAAGCUGUGUACCACUGAAGGAAUCCGAAAUAAUUAACUUUGAAAGUAAAGAAAGUUUGAAAAAUUCUGAAGUGACUUCCAGUACGGAAAUUACUCUUCCCACAGGUGUUUCCACCAUUCUUAUAGAGUGUUUAGAUAAAGAUUCAGCUGCAGAUUGUAGCACUGCUAGCGACAGCCUGAAGACUUAUUCAUCUCCUGAAACAUUCAGAGAUGAUGAUUUGGAAAAAUGCAAUUUUUACUCUGUGGACCUUGGCAAGUACAAGAACUCUACUCUCUUGGACUCCAGCAAAGCAGUGACCAUUGAUAAGAUACCACAGAUCUCAAAUCUUUCAGCAAUAUUAGAACCUGUACCAGAGGAUUUUCCAGACCGAUGCAUUAGAAGAAAGAGACCAUCAAAUUGCUAUUACAGUUCUUCAGCAUUAAGCACUUCAACUACACUGGCAGGAAAAAAACUCUGUAAAAUAACAGCUGCAAGAGAGAGAACGCCAGACCUAAAAAGUUGUAUGCGCUGUCGUUCACCGUUAGGACCGGAAAGCAAGCAUGAUAAUCAAACAGCUAAAGCCAAAAGGUUGAAAAAAAAAGAAAGCAGUUUUAAUCCCUUAGAAGGAGAUUCAUCAUCGUUUAGGCAGCUUGAUGCCCCAGAAAACUCGUCAGCCAGAUCAGAGGGGUUGACAGCAGAAGUUCUGCCAACCAAACCGACAGAUGCUGUGGUGCAGAUUACUUCUACCAUGCUAAUCAUGGAGGAAAAUAAAGUCCUAAAAAAUCCUGAUAAUGCUCAGCCUGUAGAGUUAGAUCUUAUCUUGUCACCGGUGCGUAAGGCCUUACCUGAGGAAGACCUGUUCCUGAAUACCACAAGUCCAUUUGGAAAUUCAAAUGAAAUUGUUCCUGCAUCUCUGAGCUCAGAAAAAGAAAUUAUUCCUCAAAGUCCAGAAGAAAAGAAUAUUUUAAAGCCUCUGUGUGACAGAAGAGAAAUCUGCUCCAUUGUUAGAACGUCACCAAGCCAGAGCCCUUCCCAGCUUCAGCAAGUUCAAGUUAACUGGAAAGAGUUCUUCCUUUCCAGAGGAGUGGCUGAAGAUAUUAUUGCAAUUACCAGAAACUGCAUCUGCUGUAAACAGAAAUGAGAUUUUUUGCUUUCAGCAGGAGUUAACAGAAGAAAUUACUGUCUUGCUGCUGUGGCAGGGUGGGAAAAAAGAACUCUUGACUAGUUAAUAAUGGUUGGUUUUUUUUUUUUUUUGCAUACAUGCAUGUUGUUUGAAAUUUAGUAUUAUGUAUUUCAGUAAGCUAGUAAAUACUCAAAUACUUUAUAGUAAAUUGUUUCAUAUAGCAUCUAGAUCCUGUUCUGGACAUUAUUCUGUAAGGAUUCCAUAAAGAUGUUUCUUCAGUUUGUUUAGAUUUUUAAAAAGUGUGACUGAAGAACAGCAGACCAAAUUGCUUUCCUAGAAUUACUGUUGGCCUGCUCUGCCAAGAAUUCUAGUUUUCUCUAGCAGCAUUAGCAUCUAAAGAUGUGACCCCUGUUUAAGUGUUUACAUUGGCUAUGAAGGUAACUGCAUGCCCUGGGAGUGGCUAUGAAGGCAUUCAUGUACUCUUGGGGACCCAGAAGUCAAUAGUAUGCUACCAUUAAACUCAUUGAAUGCUUAGGUCUGAGGAACUUUAGAGGUACAGGACUGUGUGUUCUGCUGUAAUUUGAUUUCUGAACACCUCUUUACCCCAUCAUCACUGUGAUUUGGCUCUUAAUGAUCAGCACUGUCACCAUUCUGGGCACAUCCACUGCCAUCUCAGAGUCCUUCCUGUUUCAUCUCAGGUAUUUUGUAAUAUCACAUCUCUCAGUCAUUGUUUCUUCUAGUGGCUUCAGACUUAGACAGAGAAAGUAAAUGCCUUACAUAAAACAAUGGUGGGAAAAACCCUUUUAUAGCUGAACUGUUUGAAGAGAUGGAUAUUGAUAUUCUGGAUUUUCAGGUUAGUGCUCACACUGUGUCCAUACAAGUAAAAUUCCCAGUGCUUCCAGUUCAGCUUGUGGAUUGUUAAUUAAUAAAUAUUCUUAAUGUGCUGAGUGUGUCAGAAAACACUGUCAAGAAGACAUUUUUUUCCACUUGAAUUCAUUGCACAUUAAAGUAAUUUGGACCCCUACAGUGUUCUCACUACAAUAUCCUUUACUCAGACUUUAUUUGGACAAAAAGGAAGUUUUUUAAUGUUACAAAAUGCUGGUGUGGCUUUCAAAAGUCUGAGUUUGUUUCCCAGUGUUAUCACCCUGGAAAACAGUUCUGUAUUUCCAAGAAGAGCAUGACAAGAAGAUGUAUAAAAUCCACACCUGUAGUUUGACUGCAUUUGAAAAUACCUGCGAAAGUCCAAACCCUGAUCUUUUCCCCAUUGCUUUGGGGUAAAAGGAAGUGCAAAUAAUUGCUGCUGGAUUAGUCUGUGAACAAGUAUUAUAUAAACAUUCUAAAUGGCUCAAGGUUAAAAAUUAUGCCAUUAAGUUAUUUUUCUUUUAAGCAUUAGUAGAAUGAGUUCUGCCAAUAACUUCUUGGAGUCCUGUCAGGUAUGCUUUUAAUUAUCAAUAUCUCUGUUCUUGCAAAUACUAAGUCACUAGCAAUUAUGCAAGAAUCUAGAGCCCCUAGGAGACAGAGUGAGCUCCUUGUAGCUUUAAGCAGAAUUGAAAGUUACAUAUUUAGUAAGUUGUGUUUAUGAUGAUUAUUCAAGUAAAGGACGGUCCAGAAUAAAUAUAUGUUUAUUGUAAGGGCAUUCUGGAAGUCAUAUGAAAAAAUACUUAUUCUGCCCCAGGCCAUUUGGUAAUGCAAUACAAAGAGACUAAUACUGGCAAACUAAUUGGAAAGUAUGGAAGGAAAGUAUGGAGGAAAAUAUGGUCUGUAACUGUGGAAUUGGCGGUAGCAGCCUGAAUAUUUCUGGGGUUUGCUUUUAUUUUUCUUGAUGUGAUGAGGCUGUAUAGGACAGAAAUAUCAUGAACCACAAUCUCUUGUCCUUCCCUUCAGUUAUGAAAGCACUGCUUCUUAUCUUUUGUCUGACUCUUAGAGAAACUGUAAUUAAUUACCAGGCUAGCUCUUUGCCCCAGGGAAGGAAAUUAAUUUUGAGGCUGCAACAUUCUCUACUCUUGUUCUGCUGUCUCAAAGGAAAGGCAUUUUCCCAUAAUUUGGUUUUUAGCUGAAAAAUUACUACGUAAAAUUUCAUUUGGAGUGGAAAUUGGCUCUUCUAUAUUGGUAGAUAAAGGUUAUGGGGUCAUGGCCAACAGAGGAGGUUAUUUGUGCAGUGAUUCAGAAGAAGAAUCUGUUCAGUGUCACCAGGGCUGCUCUGUCACAUCCCAGGCUUGAAUGGAAUUGCUUCUAGCGAGUCAGUCCAUGCAAGAACUCUGAUAAUCCAUUAUCACCAGGAAUUAUGCAUGGCAGAUGCAUGUUGAGAAAAUGUAUUAUACAUAAAUCUGUAAGAGGUUUUUCAUUAACACUGUUCAGUUAUUUUUGUUAUCUGAAGUGCACUUCUAGGAGACACUGGCUUCAAGUAGUCAGAGAUGGUGUGGGAGAUGUUUCUUGUACUGGAGUGCAGCAAGCAGCAUGUACAGGCUGGUGGAGGAUAAAGCCUUACAUGCAAAUGGGUCUGGUUUGGUUCAUAGUCUUUAGACUAGAAGAGAGAUGUCUGGGGCCCAAAUCAAAACGUGCUGAAUGUAUACGCAAGUUCACUUACAUUUAAAGGGACUCCAUCAGCUUGAAUUGUAAUGCACUUCAGCUUAGGUAAAUCUUCGUUGCUGUAAGUUGUGAAAAUACUGAAAGCUGAGUUACGUAUUCUGGCCAAAAUUCUGUUAUUUUGUUUUGUUUCCUGAGGACUUUUUAAGACUGUAUUUAUGUGCUCCUUUUGAAGCCAGGAGGCUUCCACAUGGUGAAAGGACGUAAAGAUUGGUCACGUGUGGUAAAUCUGUGGCAGGCACGUGUGUCUUCUGUACAGGACAAGGGGGAAAAGAUGCAUCUAAACAUCAAUUCUUGUUUCGUGUUAAAAUUGUCUGCAACUUCUGGUAGAUGGAAAACAAAGUUCCUACAGAUGGAUGAUGGUGAAGAAUCAUCAUGCCUUAAAAAUAUUCUGCUUAAUUUAAUCGUACAUCAUACAUUGUUUUAGCUUAAUUCCAUUUUCCAGGGAAAGCAGAUGAGUCAAUCAGUUUUGUCAGUCCUUAAUUAAACUUCCUAUCAGGGUUGUAUCUGAACAAUGAGACACUGAAGGAGACUGUUAGCUGUUACCAGAGUUUUCAUUUCAUUUAAGUAUUACUAAUAAAGAGUUUUGUGAAAAGCCCUAAAUAAUUUCGAUUUUACAGAACCUAUCACACUUUUUUUUUUUUUUUCA